UGUUGUCGGUGCCUUGGUGCUUCGUGCCGCAGCAUCCUGUGCGGUAACCUCACACGGCUGCACAGACAGAGGGAGGAGAGAGGAGGAGGAGGAGGAGAGAGAAGGAGGAGGAGAGCAGACGACGCGCAGCUCCUCCAAAUGCCACCGGACACCGAUCUUGGCCUCGGACCGGACGGACGCACGACGGGACCGCGACGCACGGGACUCACCGGGAACAUGGCGGCCGGAACAACGACGAACUACUAGGGUCGAUAAAUCAGAGGCAGAGGAGCAUCACUUAGCACAGAGGCGAUGAGGGGAAGCCUGAGGACAGCAGCCUGUUUCUAAGCAACAGCAUCAUCAGCGCAGCAUGGGCUACAAGAUCCCGGGGGCGGCGAUGGACCGAGUCAGCCUGCUGUGGCGCCUGAGGCGUCGCGCUCGCCGCGGCGUCGUCUGCAUGGCCUUCUUCUGCGUCUCCAUGGCGCUGCUCUACGCCUUCUGCGCCGAGAACAGCGUCCCCGUCACCGACGCCAUCUUCGGCAUCCGAGCGCGGACCCGGGCUCAGCCUCGGGCGCACUCUGUCAUCAAGGUGCUGCGAGGCGGCGCUAAGCCCAUGUUCAUCGACCCCCAGAAACUCCCCGGCGUCGUCCCGGGCGACCCCCGCCGCCCCAUCCCCGUCCUCUCCUCGCUGAACCACACCCACGAGGACUCGCCGCCGAAGCGCAAGGCGGCGAAGGAGCGGGAGCACGGCGGGUUCUUCUCCCGCCUGCUGCCGCGACCCUUCACCCGGGCUCUGGAGACGCUGUUCGGCGGCCGGAGGAAAGGGGAGCUGAGCGGGAAGGGCGGCGACUCGGAGUUCUUCGGGCCCCACGGGCUCCUCGGGGAGGUGUGGAACGACGAGAUGUCCAGCAACAUGCUGGGGAACCGGCUGAGGAAGGUGGUGCAGAACUACCAGGCGAUGAAUAAGUACGGGGUGGAGCUUCCCGGCCGCGGGGGCGUCGUCUCCGGCCGGCGGAAGCUGAGCGGCGCCGAGCUCCUCUGCCAGCUGAAGGACACGGUCCAGGUCGCGACGCUGACCUCCGACCUCCAGCCCUUCUCCUCGCUGCCGUGGGCCGCUCAGCUCCCGCCGAACCCUCUGACCUCCGACCUCGGGCCGUACAAGAGCUGCGCCGUGGUGUCGUCGGCCGGAUCGCUACGCAACUCCGGACUGGGAAAAGAGAUAGACUCUCAUGACGCUGUGCUGCGUUUUAACGCCGCCCCCACGGCCGGAUACGAGAAAGACGUGGGAUCUAAAACCAGCGUCAGACUCAUCAACUCACAGGUGAUGGCGUCUGAUGACCAUCGCUUCCUGUCCAGCUCCUUGUACAGCUCAGGUGUUCUGGUGGCCUGGGACCCCGCCCCCUUCUCCGCUGACCUCACACAGUGGUACAACAGGACCGAUUACCCCAUCUUCACCCAGUACCAGAGGUACCGGAGGCUCCACCCUCAGCAGCCCUUCUACAUCCUGCAUCCGCGCUUCGAGUGGCAGGUCUGGCAGCGCAUCCAGGACAACAUGGCCGAGCCCAUCCAGAAGAACCCGCCCUCCUCCGGCCUGCUCGGCACCGUCCUGAUGAUGUCGCUGUGCGAGGUCGUGCACGUCUACGAGUUCCUGCCGUCGCGGAGGAAGACGGAGCUCUGCCACUACUACCAGCGGUUCUUCGACGCCGCCUGCACGCUAGGCGCUUACCACCCGCUGCUGUACGAGAAGAACCUGGUCAAGCGGAUGAACCAGGGCUCCGACCGCGACAUCUACACCCACGGGCGAGUCACGUUGCCCGGGUUCAGCGCACUGAACUGCACCCAGGCUGCUGGAGCUUCACCCAAACGCUGAGCGCACGAGCAGCAAACGCAGCAAAGUCGAAACCGUGCAUGAAAAAAAGGAAAAACAUACAUUUCAUGGUACAUUUUUCUCUCAAAGCACACGCACAGGAGUCAUCAGGCUGAUAGGUGAGCCUGCUGUAAACACAUACAUAUCUUUAAAGGGACGAUCCACUGAUAGUUUUCAUACCUUAAAGCACGUACCAGACAAAAUUACUGCCAAAAAACUAUGCAUGAUUCCCAUUCGCCCUCUGGAGUCCAGACUAUAAAUGGCUUUUUUCCAGUCACAGUUAUAUUUUUUUUCAUUUUGUCAAACUGUAUUAACACACUGGACCUAAAACCAGACAAAAACCAUCAAAUCCCAGUUGGAAAAAAGUUAUAUUUUUCUGGGAAAACCACAAAAAUGUUUAACCAACCAUUUUUAUAACUUAGAAUGCAAAUCCAAGCUGUAAAAUUCAAAUGCUUAUUUACAAAUUUAGCAAACAACAAUUUAUUUACAACUAUUUACAAUUAAAAUGCAGGAAAAUCAUCUUCCUUAGCAACCAUUGACACAUCACUUCCUGAUUGGCUGAUGGGAUGCAUUUUCCCACCAAUAGGAAAGGGGCCGUUUUUUUAUUCUUUCCAUCAUUUGCAGCUGGCUAGUUUUCUCCUCUUGCUAGCGUUUUCCUUUUCACCGUGCACAAAACAUGACGACAACAUUCAAGGAAAAGCCUCGUUUGUUUAGAACAUGUCUAGUUUUACUUGGCCUAUCAGCACUAUUCAAAACCCGGUCUAUAUUUUGAAGUUCAGUGAGAAGCGUCUCGAUGCCAUGUCGUCUUAAACCGAUUUGGACUCCAGAGGGUUAAUGUGCCGAUUGUGGGUCAUGCUAAUGUUACAGUCUCCACCAGAGAUUCAAACUCACCACGUAAAACACAAUUAGAUCAGGAUAAUUUCUUGAAUCUCCACAACAAAGGUGGAGAGUUCGGAGUUAGCACGAGCUAUAGAGAUGCUUCGGAUGCAUUAACGGGAACUAAAAGCUAAAAUAAAACCAGACUUGUCCUUUUAAGUCUCAAACUGAACUGUAGAACCAAAAGCCCAAAGUAUCCGCGCAAACAUCUUCUCUGAAUUAUGCUUAAACUCAGUGUACCAGUGUACGGAUCCACUCCUCACUGCCAAUUUGCCAGCUUCCUCUAACAUACAAUCAUCCCGAGGACCAAUCAACUUUCUUUCAGACUAGAUUUUAGCUUUUGGGGAUUUAUUAUUAUUGUUAUUAUUAUUAUUAUUUUUUUCUUACAGCCCUAUUAUCAGGGCUCGAAAAAUCUUCAGUCUGACGUGGUAUUUGUAAUGGUAUUACUCUUAAAGAAAUCUCUGUAAGACCAGACACUAAAUUUGCUGCAAUACGACCUAAACAUCCAUUAAACGUUAUGUGAACAUAAGUUACGAUCUUUGGCUGCAAACUUUUCACCUCAUCAGCAGCUGUUUACCAUUCCUACCUAGCUUCCUAGCUAAUAUCCCAAAAAACAAGCCGAACUAAGGGCAGCUCGGCUGGUUGAGUUUCUUGGAGAUGUUUCAUCAAAGUAGCUUCUUGAGUUCUAAAAGGCUGGUUGGUGGUGGGGAAUGAAACCCACUGCUUCCGGUCUUUGUGCUAGGCUAACGGCGUAAAGGCUAACGGCUUAAAGGCUAACAGCUUAAAGGCUAACGGCGUAAAGGCUAACAGCUUAAAGGCUAAUGGCUUAAAGGCUAACAGCUUAAAGGCUAACAGCUUAAAGGCUAACGGCUUAAAGGCUAAUGGCUUGAAGGCUAAUGGCUUGAAGGCUAACGCUUCCCUGUCACGAUGACUGCCUCAAUACGACCGAACGUACUCAACAAAAACUCAACAACGAAUUAUCUUUUUAUAAUUCUCGACAUAUAUGACGCGACGUUCUCGAAAAACUUGCCGUACUCGACUCGUUCCCAAUGUACCCGACGUUCUCGAACGUAUGCGAUGCUUUUGAGGAUCUUGACGUUCUAGAUGUACGCCACAUUCUCUAGAUGUACGUGAUGUUCUGGGCGUAUGUGACGAACUGGAUGAUCUCAUCAAUCUCAACGUUCUCAAUGAGAUAAAUGACAUUCUUGACGUACGCAACGUUCUCAGCGUAUGCAACGUACUUGACGUACUCAACCUACUUGAUGUUCUAGACGUACUCGACAUACGUGACAUUCUUAACGUACACAACGCUCUCGACGCACAGUUGAUGUACCAGACGUUCUCAAUGUACCCAACGUUCUCGACACACGUGCCGUUUUCGUCAUAUCCAAUGUACUUGAUAUAUACGACGUUCCCGACACUUUUGAUGAAUUUACUCAACAAUCUCAAAGUACAUGAAAUUCUUGACGUACGCAACGUUCUCAGCGUAUGCAACAUAGUUGACGUACCCAACGUACUCGACAUACGUGACAUUCUCAACGUACACGACGCUCUUGAUGCACUUAAUGUACCCGAAGAACCUGACGUACUCGAUGUACCUGAUGUUCUCGACAUACACGACGAUCUCCACAUAAACAACAUUCUCAACAUACAUGAUGUUAUCAAUGUACGCAACGUUCUCGGCAUGUGCUGUUUUCGGACAUACCCGAUGUAGGCGAUGUUCACGACGUGUGCGACGCUCUCGACGUACUCAGUGUACGCAACGUUCUCACCAUAUGCGACAUUCUCAAUGUACCCGACGUUCUCAAUGUGUCCGACACUUUUGAUGAACAAUCUUGACGUUUUGGACGUACAUGAUGAACUCGAUGAUCUCAUCAAUCUCAUCGUUCUCAACUUACUCGACGAUCUCGAGGUACAUGACAUUCUUGACGUAUUUGACAUUCUCAACGUUCUCGAACGUAUGCAACGUACCCGACGUUCUCGAUGUACGCAACAUUCUUUACACGUAUUUAACAUUUUCAACGUUCUCGAAGUACGUGACGAACUUGGAUGAUCUCAUUAAUCUCGACGUCCUCGACGUAUUCAACAAAUUCGACGUACUUGACGAUCUUGACGUCCUCGACAUCUCCCCACCACCCAACCCAACGUUUUGUACUGACAGCCCCGUACUCCCAGUAGGUUUUUUAUAAUUCGUAUGUAGAGUACGUAAUAGCAGAAACACCCGCGAGGAUGGUCUCUACGGUGACGACUACUGAACGUGAAGCAGAACAGAGUUUUACUCCAACAAACUCUUGAACAAACAGCCUCUUAGCUCUUUAACCCUUUACAGGACACCCACUGAAAUACUUGGAAAUUCUAAAUUUCAACCCGAGAGUGUUAUUCCGGACCCAUGAAGGGUUAAUUGAGACAUUAAAUUUAUUAUGUCACUAAUUAACUCGCCAUAUAACGCAUCUUGUUUGCUUGCUUGGUAAAGAACAUCCUCGAGGGCACUAGUACUUUUAUUCUAUUAAUACCAACGCAUGCGUGCCAUCUUUAAAGGUUUUCUCCACAGUAGUGUAGCGACAGGAGAAGAAGCUAAAAGUAUUUGCAGCAUGGAGCUAAUGCGGCUCAUCUUUUUUUUUUUUUUUUACGCCACUAAUGAACAUUAAACGUUCGCAUGCAAACACUCGGCAGUGAGCCUGAAUUAGCAUGUGAUGCUUCUCGGAUGAAGGAUUUCAAGUGGUGAUUUUUCAAAAAAACUGUUCCAAAGUCUUGGUUAAGACUGUCGAUCAUGCAAAAGCAACACUGGAGCUCACACUGAAUGUAAAUAAAAUAAAAAAAAUAGACAGGCAGCUUUACUUUAUGCGAUUUAAACGUAGCUUAAUCCUCUAAAAAGCAAAUUUUUUCCGAGAUGAUCAGUUGUAGCUACGGAUCUUCCUGCUGUACAUCAAUCACUAAGAUUUUAAAGCAUGAUAUUGUUUUUUUUUGUUUGUUUUUUUACAUGAAAGAAAUAUUAUAAAUGUAAUAUAUGUAAAUUAGCUGUAGCACAGAACAAUGCACCAACUAACUUUCAUCAGCCACUUUGCAGUCACUGCAGUUGGGAUUUUAACAUGGUGUUAUUUCAAUUUCUUCACCUUAAAUGCACAUUUCUGUGAUAUAGUAAAGAGAACAUUUUAAAGUAAUAUGUCAAAAGUAGUGCUAUGUUGUCAAAAUGAACAAAUCCAACCUUGAACCAAGAAAGAAAAUGGCUCCGUUAUCGUUUCUCUAAUCCUCAAACUUUAUUCUUAAAUGUUACUUUUUUUCUUUUUAUUCAGGAGGUGAACACAUGAAUAUUGAUGUCAUUGCUUUUCCAAGGAUAUUUUCUCCCUAUGCAGCUGCACUCAUGUCCCAAAUCAGCGUUUGUGUGAAGCCUUCUGAUAUUCGAUAGUUUUGUUUUAGCUUACAGAUGCACCGGGGACUCGUUUCUUUAGGUUUUUUUUUUUGUAAGUGGUGAAUGUAUUUUUUUGACUUCUUUUGCUAACGAACAAACGUACUGUGUAAUUCCAAACAAUCCUUUAUUAAAAACUAUUUUGAACUGGGAUAGGAGCAAACCGCCGACCUUUGUGUUUUUUUUUUUUUUUUUUUUGUAGUACGAUGUUUCCUCAGCUCUGAUUUGAUUUCUCCUUUGAAUGUGAAAUGUCCCAAAAACUGCAACACUUCCUUAGUUAUGGAGUUCAAAUUAAAAUCUUUUAAAUGA